AUAAAGAAGGGGACGACGUGUGCAGGCACACGUGGAUGUAGAUGCUUUUUCAAUUGACUCGUCGAGCUCUGUCUUCAAAUCCCUCCGUCGCCGUCUCUGCAGGUACACGAGCAUUUCGCAACAUGUCAUUGGGAAAGCGAAUCGUCUUCACGGGUGGCUCAGGCAAGGCCGGUCGCCAUGUCAUUCCUUACCUGCUCUCGAAAGGGCACAAGGUCCUGAACCUCGAUCUCAUCGACUUCCCAGACCCAAGCGCGGGCGUCUUCACGCUGAAGACGGACCUGACCAAGAGCGGACAAGUCUUCAACGCCCUCACCACGCACUUCAACUUCCAAGGCUACGAAGAGAAGAAGGUCCCCAGCCCACCCGAUGCUGUCAUCCACUUCGCAGCCUACGCCAGGAACAUGCUGGUCCCCGACGACGAGUGCUACGCCGCAAACGUAGCGUCCACCUACAACGUCAUCGAAGCCGCCUGCAAGCUGGGCGUGCGCAAGAUCAUCAUCGCCAGCAGCGAGACGACGUACGAGGUCUGCUUCGGCCAGGGCGACCUGGACUACCAGUGCUUCCCGCUGACCGAGGACAUGGAUCUCAACCCCAUGGACUCGUACGCCAUCUCGAAGCUGUGCGGCGAGCGGGUGGCGCGCGGCCUGGCGCGCAGAUUCGACGCCGACAUCUACGCGCUGCGCAUCGGCAACGUGAUCGAGCCGCACGAGUACGAGCGCGACUUCCCGUCGUACAUUGGCAAGCCUGAGACGCGCAAGCGCAACGCCUGGAGCUACAUCGACGCCCGCGACCUGGGCCAGAUCUGCCACCUGUGCGUCGAGAAGGACGGCUUGGGGUUCCAGGUGUUCAAUGCUACCAACAACAGCAUCACGACGACGGUCCCGACCGCCCAGUUCCUCGCGCAGUAUGCGCCCAAUACGCCCGUCACGAGGGAGCUCGACGAGUGGGAGGCGCCGCUGAGUAACAAGAAGAUCCGCGACGUGCUGGGCUUCGAGGAGGAGCACGACUGGAGAAAGUACUACAACCCGGGGUCUUAGUGAGAGCAGACAAAGCUGGACGGCCAAUUGCGUGUGUGUCUGUAUGAUGUAUUAGAAUGGGUAAUAAGGUAUUUGGACAUGUACUAGAAUAGGUGGUACUUGGACAUGUACUAGAAUAGGUGGUACUUGGACAUGUACUAGAAUAGGUGGUACUUGGACAUGUACUAGAAUAGGUAGUACGUGGACGUGUACUAGAAUAGGUAGUACUUGGACGUGUACUAGAAUAGGUAGUACGUGGACGUGUACUAGAAUAGGUAGUACUUGGAUAGGUACUAGAAUAGGUAGUACUUGGAUAGGUACUAGAAUAGGUAGUACUUGGAUAUGUACUAGAAUAGGUAAUACUUGGACAUGUGUCAAGAUAGCCAACACCUACAGAAGUCGUG